AACUUUACCGGAACCUGCCUUCUGCUCUUGUUUAAAAUACGCAUGUGCCGUUAACAGUCCAAUCCACAUGGCCUUAAUAAACAGAGGAAGCCCCUAAACCCGAGUGGGUGAUAGUGGAAAAGGGCUGUGUGAGAGGGUGUGGGUCAUCAUCAAAAAGUGAGAUUUGAGGCGUUACGACGUUAAAGGACGUGAGGGGCCGUGGGUGUAACAGGGAGACGCCGAGGCGUCCUCGUUAAUGCUCUCAGUGCGACGCAAAGAGCCAGCUGGGCUGUUUAAACGAUUCGGUGUCUUUUCUUACAGAAACGUCAGUAACGGUUAAAGAUGACGACCUCGUGGAGCGACCGUCUGCAGAACUUCGCUGCUCUUCCAGCCAACAUGGACGGUGUGGCCAUGAAGAAGUAUCGUCGUGAAGCCCACCACAGCUUUCCAAAGGAUCUGGCUCAAAACCAUCCUGCAAUGAGAGUGUUUGUUAAUCGAAGCCUGGCCAUGGAAAAGAUCAAGUGUUUUGGUUUUGAUAUGGAUUACACUCUUGCAGUGUAUAAAUCUCCUGAAUAUGAGUCCCUGGGCUUCGACUUGACAGUGGAGCGCCUGGUAUCCAUUGGAUAUCCACAGGAGCUGCUGAACUUUGUCUACGAUCCCUCCUUCCCCACCAGAGGUCUGGUGUUCGACACAAUGUAUGGGAACCUGCUCAAAGUUGAUGCCUAUGGAAACAUUCUGGUGUGUGUGCAUGGGUUCAACUUCUUGAAGGGACCUGACAUCAGAGAGAUGUACCCGAACAAAUUCAUCCAGCGUGGAGACACAGACCGCUUCUAUAUCCUCAACACUCUCUUUAACCUCCCCGAAACCUACCUCUUUGCCUGCCUGGUGGAUUUCUUCAAUAACUGCUCCAGAUACUCCAGCUGUGAGACUGGAUUCAAAGACGGGGACCUCUUCAUGUCCUACAAGAGCAUGUUCCAGGAUGUCCGAGAUGCUGUGGACUGGGUUCACUUCAAGGGCUCCUUGAAAGAAAAAACCGUUGAAAACCUGGAGAAGUACGUGGUGAAGGACCCGAAGCUUCCUCUGCUCCUGAGUCGCAUGAAUGAAGUCUCCAAAGUGUUUUUGGUCACCAACAGUGAUUAUAAGUACACACAGAAAAUUAUGAGCUACCUGUUUGACCUCCCUCGUGAUCCGAAGCCGGGCACGCCCCACCAGCCCUGGCAGUCCUACUUCGACCUGAUCCUGGUAGAUGCCCGUAAGCCCGUCUUCUUCGGGGAAGGAACGGUGCUACGACAAGUCGACACUAGCACAGGACGGCUGAAGAUCGGCACGUACACUGGACCUCUUCAGCACGGCAUCGUUUACUCUGGAGGUUCUUCAGACAUCGUCUGUGACCUGCUGGGCGCUAAAGGAAAGGACAUCGUCUACAUCGGAGACCACAUUUUUGGCGACAUUCUCAAAUCUAAGAAGCGUCAGGGUUGGAGGACGUUCCUGGUGAUACCUGAGCUGGCCCAGGAGCUGCAUGUGUGGACUGACAAGAGCUCCUUAUUUGAAGAACUUCAGUCACUGGACUGUUUUCUGGCAGAGUUUUACAAGCACAUGGACAGCAGCAGCAACGAGAGGCCUGAUAUCAGCUCCCUGCAGAGACGCAUUAAGAAAGUGACUCAUGACAUGGACAUGUGUUACGGCAUGAUGGGAAGUCUGUUUCGGAGCGGAUCCCGGCAGACUCUGUUCGCCUCCCAGGUGAUGCGCUACGCUGACCUGUACGCUGCCUCCUUCAUCAACCUGCUCUACUACCCCUUCAGCUACCUGUUCAGAGCUGCACACGUGCUGAUGCCUCAUGAAUCCACAGUGGAACACACACACGUCAACAUCAUGGACAUGGAGUCGCCGCUGGCCACAAGAAACCGCCACGACGUCGACUUUAAGGAGAUCGAGUGCAAAAGACACCAGCUGACCCGAUCCAUCAGUGAGAUCCAGCCGCCGCAUUUCUUUCCUCAGGCCCCGCAGGAGAUUACCCACUGCCACGAUGAGGAUGAUGACGAGGAAGAGGAGGAGUAGGGGAGGGCCGUGAACCUUUCCCCAGAAGAGCCUGUUUCCAUUUUUACGUUUGUCUUUACUUUGAUUCGUAACUGCAGCGAGCGAGCGCUCACAGAGAGGGACUCUCAGUCCGCGCUCUGCUUUUAUCUGGGCUUAUACGUGCUGUGCUCCGUGCUGCGCAAUACCAACGGUUGCUUCUCACAUGUACCGAUUGUGCACCGAGAGUUGGUCCCACGCUGCAGUCACGGCGGACUUCUGCUGUGACUGUGGGAGAAUAUCAGAAGUUCAAACUGGGUUUGUUGUUGCUGAAUAUCACGGUCUUCCACUGAUGUUAAUCUGUGACCAGUCUGAAAGGGCUCUCAUUGGUUCAGCUGUCAACAUGUUGCAGAUGUGCUGUUCCUGGAGUGGGCUGAGAUCAAAGUGCCUCAGUGUUAUUACAGAUGCUGUUCAAUGUACACGCGCUUUUCUUUUCUCAUGUUUUUAUGCUGCUGCCUUGAUUUUAAAGAAACUACAAAUAUGUCCGACCAAUAAAGCUGCAGCGAGGGCCUUAAAGGUUGUAAUUUGGCUGUAUGCUGGAGUUUUCAGGGGCAGCAUUCCUGCAUUGGUACAGAUGAGCCAGAGGGAGCAAGACUGGUGCCGACAAACGGGGCUCGUAAAGUAUCAGGGUAAGAAGUAAAAGCGUAGAUCUGACUGCCAGAAGAGGGAGACAGGCAGCAUGUUCAGGGUCGCCAACAGGGUCAGGCUGCUUCGGCUGCUGCUAACGAGCGACUGUAGUGAUCGUGCUGCAGGCUGAGACGGGUAUUCCUCUGCUCUUCUUUUCUCCUUCCUGUGGGUCAGUUUGAGUGACGGUCCUGUGAGGUCUGAGCUAAAAUCAAAGGAUGCUUUUUGAACCUGGACGUGCCCAGGAGGACUUUCAUAGGACGGACUCAUCAUAAUCCAUGAAGCUGAAAGCAUGUUUUUAUGUUUUAUUCAAGUUUCAUAUGUCAGCAACAGAGAGUGCAAAUGCUUUUUUUAUUUUGAAUUAUGCUGGGGGGGAGAAUGAUAACAUGCAUUGUUCUGCAGUUGACACGCUUUUUCAUGACUGUAAUAAAAUCUAUUACAUUGCU